CUGCUGUACAUGUGUAUUCCCUUUCUCUUUUACGUAUUGUAUAUGUCGACCUCUUGUUCUGACAGUUGGUGACAGUGACGUCUUGUAUAUUGCUGGGGUCAAGGCGGGGGGUCACUCUUCCUUUUUGUUCAGACUGAAUGAACCAGGGUUGACACACCAAACUCUCACUUACCUUCUCACUCUGCUUUGCUCUCUCUCUCUCUCCAGUAUCUCUCUUUGUUGGGUUAUCUGCAACACACUGUUUGCAAUGGUAGAGUCUCAUUAAGAUCUGUGGUAACGCUUCAGAACCGGACCUUUGUUACACAAAAUACACAUUCUACUCCCAUAUUUUCUUGCUCACACUCACACUUCUGUUCCACAUGGUCCUUGGUGUUGUGUGUCCCUGUCCUCUCUAUCACAGUAGUCACCCAGCCCUAUUUUUAACCUGCCACCGCUGACCAGCACCUCAGAGGACUGGUAACGCCCCACCCUAACGCUGCUAACGCUCCAGCUGCCUGCGCCACGACCACUUGUCCCACAUAACCAUGGCCACAGCAGGCAGGCAGCAUAGCCACCCGCAAUGGUGCCACGCAUACUAGUGACAGCUAGCGUGGCGAGUGCACUUACAGUCGCAACCAAUCCUAGCACACCAGAAUUGCACUCUGAAAAAAAAAAACACAACAAAUCAUGUUAAAUCCCGGUUAGAAGAGUCGAACAUAACAGUCCCCACUUCAUCUAUCCUCACCCACAUACCCCCACCGCACCCACACACCCUCCUCACACCCACACUCUGUAUCCCCCUGUCUCCUCCAGUGAAGACCCCCUGUGUACGCGCCCCUCUCUGUGGCUUCCUCCAGACUGUCGGCUGUCUGAUUGUAGUCUGAUUACACUGCAUCAAUCUCUCCUGUCUCCACUGCAGAGAAGCCCCAGCGCAUGAACAACAUCCUAACCUCGCAGACAGAGCCAUACGACCUGGACAUGUCCUUCUCACGCUCCUUCCAGAACCUCACCCACCUGCCUCCCAACUACGAACUGGCGGCAAUGAGCAAAGCUGACUUAAGUAAAUACUCCUCUCUCCACAAAUUAAGUGAUAAGGACAUAGAUGAGUACUACAUGCGGAAGCGACACCAAGACUUGGCAGGUCGGCAGAUUCUUCAGCCGCCCCACAUGGUGAAGCUGAACACAGAGCCCCACCAGCAGCACCGUCAGCGGCCUCACCGUGUCCAGAGGGCCAUGUCCCAGGACCAUGUGCUGUCCCCAGAGAGGACCCCACGCCAUGGCUACGGCCUCUCAGCCUACAACAUGGGUGUCUCUUCCUACGGCAGCCGCAUUCUCUCAGAGGAGCAGCUGCUCUCCGCAGACCGCCUCCAGUCCCAGGACCCCCUACUCUCGCCGGACAAGAUGCUGUCGCUGCGGCGCUCCAACUUCCGGGAGAAGGCCAUGUCGCGGGCCAUGUCCCAUGUAGACAUCAACUUUGUGCCCACCACACCUGUCAUAGACCGCAGUGAGCGCUACGCUAAGAUGCAAAAGAUGCACUCCCAUCCCACUACCAUCAACGACUCAUACAACACGCUCACCGUCAACCACCCGACCACCAACAAGAGGCAGCAGUUUGCCUCACGACGGACACACACGGUGGACCAUCUACAGUACAUCCCAGGCCACCAGCACAACAACCAGUACCGCACGGCCAGUAAGAACGAGGUAACUGUUUAAAGAGAGGGUGGCUGGCCAAGGAUUCCUGUGUCAACAGACUGUCAACAGAUGAAAACAGCAGAUACUUCCAGAGGUGUGCAACCUCACCUUAGGUCUUCUUUUCAAAGUAGCCAACAACUAACCCUUCUUGCUUUCAGCUCAAGCUCUCAGUUUCAUUCAGAUUUGGAUCAUCACAACUAGAAUCAAGAACCACAAAGACAUCUGUACUUUCUCUAUAGGGCAACAUAAGGGCUUUGCAUGUUGACACAUAAGGAAUGCUUUAUGUGAGGUUAUCCGUAAGAAGACAAUAUUUUUUAAAAAGUGGAAUUGGAAAGGAACUGGAUCAACUUUAUAAAUAUAUACAUAUAUUUACUAUUUGUAUUUUCAGUCCUUGUUAUAGCUUUAGAAAUUCUUAUUGAACUUAACUGGUGUUAGAACUUCAAGAGGUGCCUCUCGAAAUUGUUCCCAUUUCAACGAUGAAGUGGAUUUGUUGGUUAAAAAGCACAAUUAAUGGGUUUCUUUCUCUGUUGAUUUAUUCUUGUUUUUUGGUAACGGCCAGCACAUAUCAGCUUAUUAGUGGCUAUAGUGGCAAUUUCCAUUGCAUAAAUGAUUGUAAAUAGGCUAUAUUAGCAGAAUUAUACACUAAAUGAGAAGAGCUGGACAAGUGGAAUUGUUGAGUUUCUACCCAAGAGUCUACAGUCUUUUCACAAUUAAAGAUCACAAUUUCAGAUUAGUCCAACCCCUCAACAAAUACUUGAUACUAACAAACAUGUACAAUAAUGUGUGUGCGUAUGUGUGUAUAUUUUUGUAACUGUGCUUGUAGGAUGAUUGUGUAUGGCUAGGGUUGAAUCAACCUCAUGCCACUGUUAAUUAGCAGCUUUAGACUGUAGGCACACUACUCCACAGGUGACUAUGUAAACGAAUGCUUCUUUCAAUAGCUUCAUUUUCUGCACUCAUUCCCUCGCUAUAUAAUCCAAGUGGAUGACAUCCAUUUUGUUUUGAGUUAGGAAAAGCUGCUUUCAUUUUGAUAUACAGUAUUGUCGUAUAUUUGACUCCAUUCGUCAGAGUUGAAGAAUAAUAGUUGUUGUUAUGUGUUUACAAUUGUUACAUUGUUGCAGGUGUGUUGACGUACCUGAAACAAUCGACAAAGAGGACAUCAAUAUAAUCACUAGCUAAGCAAGGAUUAAAACUGUGAUUUUUAUGUCCAGAUGUUUUCAUUAAAGCAAUGCCUUAUUGUGUGGAAGCCCCAUACUCAUGUUCUUAAUUGUACAAUCACGCUUGUGUUUUUAUGUCUUGUGUCUAACAUGUUGAUGCAUAACCAACUUUUUAUGUCAUUUUUUUUAUCAUGGAUGAUUUACCAGCACUAUAGAAGCACAGAAGGACAGAAUCAGUUUCGCUAAUAUACCUCAGAAUUUAUAGGGCACACAUUUUACAAGGAUGAAAUUCUUAAAUUAACUAAAUGUUCUUUGAAAAGAAGCAAAGGAAGUGAUUGUUUUAAGCAAAAAAACUUAAGAAACUAGAAUUGAACAAAAUAUUUCAUAUGAUCAAAGAAAAAUGUCUUCCACAUUUUGAAAUUGAUCCAGACUUCCUUGUGGACUCCCACUGUGUCCUCUUAUACCUAUAGAGUAACAGACACAUCAAGUACAUGAUUUGUCGUUGUUUUUACUUUUCAACUUUCUCUUCAGUUAACAAGAAAGUCCAAAUAUUAUCGUAAAAUCCUGGGUCAUGGAAAUGGGUAUAUAGACAUUUACUGUAGAGAUGUUGUUAUAUACAUUUGCUGGUCAUUGACCAUUUCAAACAUUGUCACUGGUGUACUACCUUAAAUGUUAGGAGCUUGCAUAAUAUUGUUACAACUUGUGCAGUGUGUCCAUAUUUAAGACUUGAUUUUGCUUAGAAUGUGUCAUUACAACAGAGGCUAACAUUGCAAUUUUUCUUAGCAAAUGAUAUGCUUAUAUCAUUAUAUGACUAGCUAUACUAUACUGUAUGUUCACAUGCAAUGUAGACACAGUAGAAAUUGAUGCACUUGAAAUAUUAAGAGCAAUUAUUACACUAGUUUCGAACCCCAGUAUCAGCUAAGAUAUUGAGAGGAUGGCAACUAAAAUGUCAUUUCUUUUGAGGUUCAAUUUAAGGCCAGAGUACCAAAAGAAACCGUGAUAGCUCAAUAUGGAGUUUCAUAGUCUUUGUCAAGCUCCAGUGAUAGCUAAAACAACAAAAAAUGGCUAUAAAACUAUGUCAGAGCAACAAAAGAAUUGAGCAACGAAAAAAUUACAUUUGAUGGCCCUGACAUGGUGGGAGCUGCAACACUGUGUUCUACUGAUGUUACACCACCGGAAUCUUACAGACAUGUCUCUAAGCAACCAUCUAUCUGGCUCAAAUACAUCCACCCCAUCGCAGAGCUCCGGUUUCACUUUCUAGUCAGUCAAUCAUCUUGUCCACAAGAAGCUUUUCCCACACACAUGAGGCUAGAGCUCAGUUUUUGCCGUAGGUUCUGAGACUAACGUGCUGCUAAGUUGUUGCGUCCCAUGAUCUAUCUGCUGUAUAAGCACUGUUUACUAUUGUUGCAAAUAUUCCUUGCCAUUUAUUAAGCUUGUAUUUUUAUGUGUCAAUGUGGUAUGAAUGAAAAUUCCUUUGUGUCUUUGUUGCACAAACAAUGGAGGACUCAUUUAAAAAGCUUCAAAGCAAGCAGUAUACGACUGUUCCUGUGCAAAUGUUUUUGUUUACAAAUGAAUUAUUAAAGCACAUCCCAUGUGUAUUGUACAAAACAAUCAUCAGUUUAGUAAAUAUGGAGUCUGGGGGAAUUUUUUCACAUGUUCAUUUAAACAAUAUUCAUGAAUUCGAGUGAAUUGGUAAUAUUGGUAUUAUGUUUUUUUUAUGGCUGAGGUAUAAACAUAUAUUAACUGUUUGUAAAGAAUGACAGAGAACUAUAACCCACAUCUACUGUAUAUAUGGAAUUAUACAACUUGUUUGACAGUCUAAUAAAUGUAUAAACCUAAACAUUUCAACAUCAAAUUAGCAUAUAUACCCCAUAGAUAUAACACUAUGGACCCCCAGGUUAAGUUACACAUCGUUGUUAUC